GCACGGGCGACCUCUUGGUCAAGGAGUCCUCUUGGCCAGAGGGAUCCGGCUAUAAAUGGCAGCGGCACAUGUCUAACGGUAAUUAGUUGCCCACUCAAGUGACCAUCAUGCACAUCACAGUUGUUUGCCUCGUACUCACUUGGGGAUUAGGCCACAGUGAGGCAGCCACGACCAUCCUGCAUGGCAACGGCCAGGUGGCCAGUGCCGUUUCCCACCAGAGCUUCACCAGAGUGUCGUCAGCGGAGCCACUAAUCCUCCACUCCCAGAAGCAGCUGGUGGCUCCUUCAGCCAGGAUUGUCAGUCAUCACAGAGCUGUGGGCGACCUGAAGCAGCAGGUGGAGAGGUUCUUCCCGACGGCGGAGCAGGAGGUGGAGGUGCCGGUGUCCACCAUCUCCGGUCAGACACCCGCCCACCUCACCUACGCCGCCCAUCCGGUAGUGCACCAGAUGCUGCCGAGGAUUAAGCCCGUGCGGAACAUUAGCUUCGCCUCCCUAGUUCCAGGACCUCGCAGUUUGGCUAGCCAUCGCACUUUGUCACCAGUUUAAAAUGCUAAUAUAUUCUAGGAAUAUUACAUCAAAACC